GUUUUGUCUGUAAAAGCCAAAUUGAAAUUGGUUCAUGGAAUUUUCGAGGAAUUUUCAUUUAUUUAACAUUUAACCCAUAAAAUGCUUUCAUUACAAUCAUCAAGACCCAGAAGACAGAAGAGACCACAUAAUAAGAAAGAAAAGAAGCUUAUCAAACUCAUCAAAAACGAUUCUGAAACAGAAGGUGAAGAAAGUGAACAUGAAUUAUCAUUCUACAUGAAAGACCGGGUAAAACUAAUGAAAGAAGUUUUAAAGAUUAUCAAACCCAAGAAAAUCCGUAGUAUGGCCCCUGAUUGCAUGAGAGACCUAGAUAAUGAAGAAAUAAAUUCAAGACUCUUGGAGGAAUUACUUGGGAUAUCAGAUAAACGAUUGAAGUACAUAUUUACUGGACAGAAUCUUAAUGAAGAUAGCAGCUCCACUGACCCAGAAGCAGAAGAUGAACCUAUUGACUUGAUAUCAUUGGAUGAUAUAAGUGAUGGAGAUCUUGUAAUAGAUUUAGAUUCAGAUAAAGAAAAACAUAAAAAACAGUGUAAGAAGCAUAGAACUAAAAUAAAGGAAGAGCACAAAAGGAAAAAGUUGAAGAAAGAGAAACCUGAUAAACAAAAACUCUCUAAAAAUGCCCAAAAUGCUCCUUCAAAUAAAACAUCUGAAGAGAAUCUUAUGAGUGUGUUGGAACUACUAGAAUUGCAAGCUAGAGCUAGAGCAAUCAAAUCUCAAUUAGUUUUGGAAAAACAACAAGAAAAAGAGAAACAUGAAAUUGCAGGAAAAGAUGAAUCUGAUAAUGACAAUGAUGCUGUUAUAGUAGAAAGUCCCAAAAAUGAUGAAAUCAUUAUUUCAUCCAGUGAUUCAGAUGAUGAUCAACACCACAAAAUUGUAGAAAACAGGGAAGAACCAGUUGAUUUUUGGUGUGGUACAAGAGAUGAAAAUAUUGAUAAAAGUGAACAAGAGAAAGGAAACCAAAAUGAAAAAAAUAGAACAGAUGAUAUUGUCCAAGAUAAUGCAGUAACAGAGAUAGAAACACCAGGUGUAGUCCAUGAGAUGCAGACAGUUUCUAUGGUACUUAGCACAAAGGAUAAUAGAUCUGAUCUGCAAAGUUGUACAAGUUUGAAUAUACAGUCAAAACCAGUUGAUGUUACAGAUGAUAUUCCUGAAGCAGUUGAUAUUACAGAUAUUCCUCUACCUGAACCAGAAGAAACAAUAUCAGUAGGUGACAAGGAUUUAAAAAAAGUUAAAGACAGAAAAACUCCAAUAUACAGAAAGAAAAGUAAAUCCAAAGGAUCUGAUAUAUCUGAAGGUGAAAUCGGAUCUACAGAUGAUGAAAAUUGUGACAGUAAAAGUGUAAAUGGAGAAGUGAGAACACAAAAUAAUGAUCAUACAGAAGCUAAUAUUGAGGUUCAAAUGGAAAAUAAUUCCAAUAUAUCAUCUGGAGAUUCAUCUGCAGAAAAAGUGGGAGUGGUUCAAAAGAAGGCUUCUACUAUUCAAGCUUCUAUUCAGCAAAAUGAACAAUUAAUUGAUGAAGAAACUGUACCAGCAACUGACCAAGAAAUGCACAUUGAAAAGUCUGCUGCAGAUCAAGAAACAAAUUUGGAGAAAUCAGCAGAGGAUAUAGAAACAAAUUAUAGGGAAUUGGCAGAGAAUCAAGGGACAAUGGAAAAACAAAAUGCAAAAAAUAUUAGUAUAGAUAGAGAAUUCCAGGAUCAGAAGAGCAGUGAAGAAAAAAUGAAAGAAAAUGAGGGUGACCUCAAAAAUGAAAAUUUAGAGAUUCCAAGUACUAGAAAAUCAAAGAGACUAUCCUCAAAAUUGCUCUUAGAUACCAGUAUCCCAACUAAUGAAGGCAAAUUGUCUGCAAAGAGGAAUAUUGUAGGGAAGAAGAAGGCUAAACUUUCAAAGAAAUCUAAGGAAAAAGAUGUCCAAAUGGACAAUACAGAGAGAAACAAUAGUUCAGAUGAUGAGGAAAGAAUAGUUCUGAAUGUUGAGCAAUCAGAACUUGAUUCUGUUAACUUAGACUAAAAGAAUAUUCACUUGUAUAGGAUGCAUUAGAUAUAAAACAAUAAAAAUAAUAUAUUCAUUAUUUCCUAACUAGGAACUAC